AUGUUCGUGGGGUGCGGACGACAGGAGGACUACGACGUGACAACAAAAUUGGGAGAGGGGACUUUCGGGGAGGUACACAAAGCCAUGCACAAAGGGACGAGCAAAAGUGUUGCUUUGAAGCGCAUCCUGAUGCACAACGAGAAGGAGGGUAUGCCGGUGACUGCUCUUCGAGAGAUCAAAAUCCUAAAGGCACUCAAUCAUCCGAACAUCGUUCAGUUACUGGACAUGUUUGUCGUGCGAAUAGGCAAAGGCAAAGAGGCACCACUGUCGGUGUACAUGGUCUUCCCGUAUAUGGACCACGACCUUGCAGGAUUGUUGGAGAACGAGCGUGUCAAGCUUCAGCCCAGCCAAAUCAAGCUGUACAUGAAGCAACUCCUCGAGGGAACAGAAUACAUGCAUCGGAACCAUAUCCUACACCGCGACAUGAAAGCUGCCAACUUGUUGAUAUCGAAUACAGGCUCUUUGCGGAUCGCUGAUUUUGGCUUGGCUCGUUCAUUCGACCCGAGCUCUGCAGUCAUCAGCGAGUCUGCGACCGAUUCGAGAAGCAGAGAUCGUAGGUACACGAAUUGUGUCGUGACGCGGUGGUAUCGCCCACCAGAACUCCUGCUUGGAGCAAGGCACUAUGGUGGCGAAAUUGAUAUCUGGGGUGUAGGUUGUGUGUUGGGCGAAAUGUUUUUACGACAUCCGAUCUUGCCUGGAACGUCUGAUCUUGAUCAGCUGGAGAAAAUUUGGCAGAUGUGUGGAACGCCGCACCAGCUGUCAUGGCCGAACUUCGAUGCAUUGCCAGGCUGCGAGGGUGUCAAACAUCACAAUCAGUACCCAAAGAGACUGAACACUGUUUUUGAGCAAUUCGGACCGGAAACUUGCGAUCUGAUUGACAAGCUUUUGACGUGCAAUCCUCGAGAUAGGAUCACCGCUUCUCAAGCACUAGAGCAUGACUAUUUCUGGACAGACCCUCUGCCUGCUGACCCAAAAACCCUUCCUAGCUACGAGGCAUCACAUGAAUUCGACAAACGUGGCCGUCGUCAGCAG